AUGGCCAGCAAGGAUGGCGCCGCUCAGAAGCCCACCCUCUCCCCACCCCUGAAACCCACUCCUCACCCAGAGUCCUCAGACUCUAAUGUCACCGUGGCCUUGAUCGAAAUCGGCUCCCUGCCCGCCUUCAGCUGGGGGCCCUUCCCUUCCCAGAAGAGAAGAGGCCAUCAGGUCACAGAUGGGCAGGACACGCAGAGGUUUGAAAGACUCCUGAAGGAAAUUAAAGACGUCCUCAAAGGGAUGGUGAGCUGUGAAGACAAGAUCACAGAUGCCGAGGAAAGCAGGAUUUCCAAGGAUGUGUCAGACCUUAAAGAAAAAAUCCGAGGACUUGACAAGAUGAAUAAAAUGCUGCUGAGAAACCUGCUUGUCACCCUGAAUCCAGAGAAGGGGCAGAAGGCAAUGAGAGCAGGGCUGGCGCUGCAAAUCCAGAGCUCCGACGGCCCUGCACACGGCCCCGGGCGCCCGGAAGAGCAGAGGGCCCCCGGUGAGAAGGCAGAGGAUGCCCCGCUGCGGGCUCCGGAGGAAGCUGCAUGUCUCCGGCGCGGCAUGGAGCAGCUACUCCAGGAGGCCGAGCACUGGAGCCGGCAGCAGACGGAGCUCAGCGAGCUGAUAAGAUCCUGCCAGGUGGCUCAGAAGGACCUAAGGGACACUCUUGACAACAGUGGAGGCGAUGUCCAACGCCAAGCAAACGGGGACGUGGCAGCCAGGCGCGAGCUGGAGGAACAAGCGAGGAAGCUCAGCCGCGACACCUACUCCUUGCAUGUGGUCGCAGCUCUGCUGGAGAACGAAUGCCAAAUCUUACAGCAGAGAGUGGAGAUUCUGCGGGAGUUCCACCUCCACCAGCAGGGGACCCUGCCAGAGAGGCCGAUUCCCAUCAACCCCCAGCACCGGCAGAAGAAUCAGAAGGCAUGGGAGGCAGAGAAAGCUCUGCCCUCUAAGCAGGGGGCGUUUCAGAAGAAAGCCAGAGCCUACAGAAGCCUGGACGUGUGUCUCAGUAAGAAAGCACGGAACAACCGCUUCAACAAUCAUAUUGCAAGGGCUCUUAUGGGAAAAAAGAGACCAGUCAGUAGCCCAAGGUAG